AACAACAAGAAGAGGCGGCGGUCGCAGCAGCAGCAGCAGCAACAUCAACAGCAGCAAUAUGAAUCGUCAAAGCGGCUCAGGCAUGUUGUUCGCAGUCAGCGCCACAAAUGGCGCUCAGGGCGCCAGCAAUGCAGCCAACAACAACAACAAUAACAACAACAACAGCAGCAGUAACAGCAACACCAGCAUGGUAACCAGCUCAGCUGCCAACGGUGGCGCCACAGGCAGCAGCAGCAGCAGCAGGCGGCGUGAGAAGCGCAACGACAAAGACGAGGAAGGCGGCGGCGGCGGCGGCGGCCUCUGCGGUUGCCAGAAAGAGAAACAGGGUCCCAAAUCGUAUUGCAUAACAGCGACAGGUGUCCUGCUGUUGGUUUUGCUCUACGUGGCCAUGGGCUCCAUAAUAUUUGUAACGCUCGAGGGUGAAAUUGAGGAUGGCGGUAACCUGGAAACGGCCGUCGCCGCAUCCAAGCCCUAUCCACGCACCGAACUGGCCAAUGCCGAAAUACGUUCCAGGACUGUUGAUCGACUGUGGUCCAUCACCGAGGAUCUGAAUAUAUUGUACAAGGAGAAUUGGACGCGUCUGGCGGCACAGGAAGUGCAACUGUUUCAGGAUACGCUGCUGCGUGCUGUGAGACAGUCGAAGGUCUAUCAGCCCGGAGGCGUGCAAAUGAAUGCGCCGGCACACAAGUGGACCUACUCCUCGGCCUUUCUCUACUCAAUGACACUGAUUACAACGAUAGGCUAUGGCGGCGUCUCACCACGCACCGAAUGGGGUCGCAUAGUCGCCCUGAUUUACGCUCUCUUCGGCAUACCCCUGCUGCUGAUCUAUCUGUCUGCUAUGGGCGACGCUUUGUCGGCUGCUAUGCGCUUUCUGUUUCGCCGUCGUGAUAAGGACGAGGAGGAAGCUGCAGAUGCCAACAGCAAGGCGGCAACGGAGCAGCCCAGGGGACAACAGCAGCAGCAAUAUGCUGGCCGAAUGGUGCAGUAUGGAAUAAAUCCGGCGGUGUAUCAGCAGCAGCAGCAGCAGCAGCAAUUAGAAGAGCUUGACCAUGAUGACGCUGAUGGCGCUGAGGAGGAAACGAAAAGCGCUGUGCCCAUCUCGGUCUGUGUCUGCAUAUUGGUUUGCUAUGUAAGCAGCGGCGCCAUUGUAUUCCAUCGGCUGCAGAGCUGGAGUGUGCUGGAGUCGAUUUACUUUUGCUUCUGCUGUCUCAUGACCAUUGGCUUUGGUGAGCUGGCGCCGACCAAUAUGGUGAGCCACUUUGCUGCCGCCGCUUACAUCUUGAUGGGCAUGGCGGUGGCUGCGAUGUGCUUCAAUCUGAUACAUGUGGAGGUUGCUCAGUUCGUGCGACGCUUGGCGGGCGGCGGCGGCGGCGGCGGCGGUGGCGGCUCGGAUACAGCUAUGCCCAAGGUGGAGGAGGUCGCCCUCGUUUCAGUGGCGGUCACGCCCAGAUCCUCCUGACAACGACCGAGCGCCGAGCUGGUCAACAGCACGGCCAACAAUGUGAAUGCCGCCAACAAUCUCGGACAGCAUCAGACCAUGUUCUUUGGACCCGCACACUCACUCAGCCAGUACAAUUCGCUGCCACGUCGCAGUCACUUGUAUGGCGCUGGUCAUCUGAACGCUGCCAAUUCUGCUUUUCAACGCAACACGCCCAUACGCCGCUCCACUGGCAUACCGGAGCACCAUAUGGAAUACUUUGUGCCGCGCAGCAUUAGCGAGUUUAAUUUGUCGGGCGUUGGUGACUUGGCGCUGCCGCCGCCGCGUCGCUUCUCACCCAACAUGGGCAUGGGCAUGGGCGUUGGCGUGCCCAUGAAUGUGAACAUGGGUGGCGCGCAUAUGGGCGCCAUGGGCGGCAUGGGCUUGGGUUUGCCACAUGGCCUGCAGCUGGGUCCACCCCAAACGCUGCUCUGCGCUCCCAAUGCCGCUGCCAGCAGCGCCGCCGUCUCUGCCGCUGCUGCACCCGCUCAACUGCAAAUCUUAACGCUAAAGCCACGCAGCGAGAAAAUGGUUACAUUCGAGGAUGAAUCGAAGGCUGCGGCAGCUACGCAUUGCCCGCAUGGCAUGCCCACUACUCCACGCAAGAGCAACGUGAGCAGCGCCGUUGCUGGCGACAUCUUCAUGUGACCUACUGCUGAACAGAAGCCGCCCAAGCCGCUCGAGGAGGGCGCCGAGCUAAACGCUGCACUGCGUCUGCGUGACAGCAUCGAUGAGCUCAGCCCCAAGCCAGCGCCAGGCGAAAUUAUACGUGUCUAAAUUAAUCACAUCGUAACUAUUGAAUUGACUCAUAUAUAAAGUAGUUUUAGUAGUGAAGCAAAAGCUGCGCAAAGUUUAACUUUAAAGCGCGCCACAGUUUAGUUCAGUGUGUCUAACUAAAAUCAAUGAAAUAGCUGCUUAAAUUCUGUGUCAAUUUUUGAUUUGCCAUAGCAAACAGUUUUUUAAAUCUGUGGCAGCAGCGGCAGCAGCAAUUGCUUCAACAACAGCAUUAACAUUUUAUUCCCAGUAG